GCCUAGAGCGAUGAAUUUCCUACGAUUUCUAAUUCCACUUUUCUUAGCUUCCAUUUGCUGCUCCGACCCAGUUCAUUUUGAGGUCUUUAUGCAUUGCGACCCGGCAAUCAAGCACUGGUGUGGUACGCUGUACGUUUAUGAGGAGGACUUCAGCCCAACCCAUGACGCAGUUGACACCCAGAAAUUCUGCAGCUCCGAGUACAAGAAACAAAUCAAAUUUUCAGCGCACCCAAGAGGGGACAUGAGUCUAUUCGCCUACAUCCUGAAUCACAAUUGCACCGUUGACGGCGAGAUUCGUUGUGUAAAGUCACCACAUACUGUGGAUGUUAGUGUAUUUGGAGAGCGAGACGUGAAAUUCAACAUUGAGGCCUAUCAGCAAGGAGAGGUGAAAGAGUGUGCAGACCCUGUGCAAAGGAGAUAAUUGUUUUGUAAACGAUAUAUUUGAAUAAACUUUGAAUGCAUU